CAGAAUUUGAUGUAUUUUUCUGAAAUAAUGUAACUGGAUUGAAAUGAGAGAAAAAGAAAAACAACGAAAUUUAAUCAGCUUUCUAGAUUACGGCGUCUAAAAAUAAAUUGAAUUAAAGUUUCAAAAAGUUAUGUAUAUAGUUGUAGCAAGGUGGAGUAAUAACAUGCAGGGUUUGAUCAAUGAAAUCGGAGAAAGUUCGGAGUAAUAAACAGUUACGGAGAACCAGGACGGAGAGAACUCCGGGUUCUGUAGAACUAGAGAACUGUGGGUUUAGGAGAACUACAGGAGAGAGUGAAACAAUAGAUAUCUGUGUUCAGUACAACCAGGAUAGAGAUUAAAAAUAGAGAUUAGGAGAUUUGAGAGGUCACGUAGAAAGUAAAACAAGAGAACUUCGGAUUCAGUUGAACCAGGAUAGGGAGUAAAACUAGUGAACUCCAGGUUCAGUUAAACCAGGAUAGGGAGUCAAACUAGAUAACUCCGGGUUAAGGAGAACCUAAGAAUCUCAUAGAACCAAGGUAAAGAUUGGGACUAGAGAUCUAUGAGCUCAGCUGAACAAGAAUAGAGAUGCAACUAUAGAAUACGGCAGGAUAAUGAUCAUCCAGGAUUAUAUGAUGAGGAAGUUUACGUUGAAUAGAACAAGGUUGGAGUCAAGAUUGGAGAGAAGUCGGAGAAUUUAGAAGAUUGCAGUUUCUAAUAGGAGUCAAACGAACUCUAUAUCUUCUCAACCGGUUUAUUUGAGACAGGGGCCAAAAUGGUUUUGUAUUUAUUAUACAUUUUAUUUUAAACAAUAAAUAAGUUUGAUAAAAUGACGUUAAGUAUGCGCAGAUCUAGAGCAAAAAUAUCAACACUUACACAAAAUAAGUGUUGGGAAGUUCACGGAGAAGAAGAUGAAUUUCGUCCCAGAGCUAGAAGUCAGAGCAAAGAUCAAAACAAUUAUACUUCAUCAAGAUCUCUGCAAAGAUCUAAAUCUUGGAAAAGGAUUCCUUCCCCUUCCUCCAGUUCAAGAGCAUUUACAUCUUCUCCUACUGGGAGAGAAGGUUUCUCUCACCAGCUUGAUUCGUCUUACUCGUCUAGAUCUAAUGUAAGCCUGGAGAAACACAACCUUCGUCCUGUUCAUCCUGAACCUAGAGCUCAUACUCGUCUUAAACCCGGAGUUCUCCACAUCCCUCCACUCCGUCCUAAGCCUGGAGCUGAGGUGGACCAGGUUCUAAUUUACCUAGAGAAAAUGCAGCAGUACAUCACUGAUCUUAAAUAUAAUCAUGGUAGGUUGAAUGGAACUAUGCAGCAGUACAUCACUGAUCUUAAAUAUAAUCAUGAUGAUGUUCCUCUGAAAAUCCAAGCUCAAGCAAGCAUGAUUACUCACUACAACUCAGCUAAGAGAAUGAUACGUGAAGGUCAACCUAUCAAAUGUAUGGAUGCAAUCAUCCUUGGUAUUCAUCUAACAACAGGCAUUCAAGGACUGGGACGCUUUCCAAUCAACUUUAAAUCUGAAAUUCAUGACAAAGCCUUCAAACCUGGGAGGAAGUACUAUUACCACGUGGUUCUGGGUUUACUGUACAAAGGAAAGUUUGGAGCAGUUGGUUUAUCUAGAAAAUCUACACUAAUGGAUAAACCUCUGAUUUAUUCUUCCCUGUUUGAUCUCAUUCUGGAGUAUCAGAGAUCGUAUACUGAAUGUAAACAUACUCUCCUCAUGGUGAGGGUUGGAGAUAUUAUUUCACAUCUUCAGUUCUCCGUGUCCCCUAUUCCUUGGAGAGGGUUGUUGGUGAAGACGGAUAACCAGGAUAGUUUCUCCAGAGAGAAAGUUGGCAAGUAUGGACGAUAUCUUAAGAGUUUAACCAAACUUCAGGACGUGAAACCAAAAGAAGCCUGGGUUGGUUCAUGAUAUCCAUGAGAUGUUUGAACCUGAUCCUUAACCUGAUCCUGAUUCUGAUCCUGAUCCGGAUCCUGAUCCUAAACAUGAUCCUGAUCCUGAUCCUGACCCUGAUCCUGAUCCUGAUCUUGAUCCUGGUCCUAAUUAUCAAGAAAAAGAUCAUCAGAAAAAAAAGAAAUAGAUUCGAGAUUUCAAUUCAACAUUACUUUGCUAUCAAUUUACACCUGUCAGCACAUACAUACAUAAUGCAUAAAGUGAAAAAUGGCAGUUUUAUCGGGAGCUGUUUAAAAUAAAUUUUGCUUUCAAUAUUCAUAUCUCCACCUAACUGAAAGACAGAAACAACAGAAAAAUUAGAAAUCGAAAAUUCUCUUUAAAACUUUUGCAUCAAAGAUGACUUUAAAUCCUUAUGCUUAUUGAGACCUUCUGUACAUGUUCAACAUAAAAAACACUUCUGUAUUUUCAACAACAAAUUGUCAAUUGUUCAAAUGUUUUGAGUAAAA